ACUCCGUAAAGUUUAAAAUUCAGAUCAGCCUCCAUACGCAGGAUGAUUUCUGAGCGCCUGUCGACUCGUUCAAAUUCAGCCGGAAUGCACAGAACGCGAUGCGUACGUGGAAAAACCGCCCUGCGAUACGCUGCCCGUUAGAAAGCAGCGCAGGCUCCGGUGAAACACGGCGGGUAGCCUCUUUAAUCGCGCCAUAGCGUUUGUAAUAAUCUGUCAUUGCCUAAAGAGGAGUACGUGGAUCCGACUUACACCCUUCGGUGUUGUUCGCGUGUAAAAAUCCCUCUUCAGAUUUGAACAUUUAGCGCGUUUCUGUGAACCGGGAACGGGCAUGCGCAGUGCGCAGCACAGGCCGAUGCGGAUAUAAGGAUUGGCGCCGGCGCCACAGCUGAUGCAUUCAUUCAUUCAUCGCCGAGGAGCGGAGCCAUAAGUACAGUCGACAGGAUGUCCAGACGCAGUGGUCGCAUCACUUUGCAAGCCAGAGAUUCAAACACACCUGAGCCGACGGUCAGAGCCCCACUGAAGAAGAGAAAGUCGGAGCCUUUCAAGAAAAAACUGCAACCUGCUGCCAAGAAACAAAGCUAUGAAAUCCAGAAGUGUUGGUCGGAGGAUGGAGCGAGUCCAUGCAUCCUCAUCGAAACUCCACACAAAGAGCUGCAGCCUGCAGAUCCGUCCACCUUCAAACAGUACAGAUUCAGGAACCUCUUCAUCAAGGCCUCCCCCAUACCCCGUCUCAGCUGGGCCAGUUCAGACGAUGUGUGGAUCAAAAUGCUCAACAAGGAGCUGAAGUACGUCCACGAUAAGAGCUACCUGCAGCGACACCCCAAACUGCAGCCCAAGAUGAGGGCGAUCCUGCUGGACUGGCUGCUCGAGGUGAGCGAGGUGUACAGCCUCCACCGGCAGACGGCCUACCUCGCUCAGGACUACUUCGACCGCUUCAUGCUGACUCAGGAGAACAUCAGCAAAGAGUACCUGCAGCUCCUCGGAAUCACAGCCCUCUUCAUCGCCUCCAAGAUAGAAGAAAUUUACCCUCCUAAAAUCUUCGAGUUCGCAUACGUCACAGACGGAGCCUGCGAUGUGUGGGACAUCCAGCAGACGGAGCUUCUUGUGCUGAAGGCGUUGGACUGGAAUCUGUGUCCCGAGACGCCCAUCUCCUGGUUGAAGCUGUACGCGCAGGUUGAAGCCCAGAAGGACGGAGAGAACUUCCUGGUGCCGCAGUUCUCUCAGGAAACGUACAUCCAGAUCACACAGCUGUUGGACCUGUGCAUGAUGGACAUCAACUCGCUGGACUAUGGCUACAGCGUCCUCGCCGCGGCCGCCUUCUGUCACUUCUCCACGUUUGACGUUGUUCAUAAAGUUUCUGGCCUGACGUGGGACAGCGUGGCUCCUUGUGUCCGGUGGAUGACUCCCUUCAUGGACGCGCUGCGGUCUGAGGCAACACCUCAACUCAAGGACUUCCCCAAAGUCAAAUCUGAUGACAGACACAACAUCCAGACUCAUGUGGCCUAUCUGGACCUGCUGAGAAAAGCUCAGAGGCGUCAAAUCGACCUCCCCGACUGCCAGCUGUCUCCCAUCACCAUGGCAACAGUCCUGACUCCGCCCAGCAGCACAGAGAAACCAGCCAAUCCCUGAGCAGGACCCGAGCAGCGAGACUUGCUACCUCUCCACAUUGUGACCUGACGUGACGGCCGACUUCUUGGACCACAUCAGCUCCUCGCCGAACGGGACACGAUUUUAGCAAACGUUUUGAAUUUUAUAUGUCAAACACUACGUCAGGACGCCGACUCCUGUCAGUCUUUUAUUCAUUUUGGUUUUAGAAAACUGCAGAUGUGGAGACUGACAGGAAAUGCAGUUCUUAGGCAGGUGACCAAACCUUUUUAACAAGUUACAGAUUAAGUAACUUGAAUUUUGAAGCGGCAGGAACCUCGAAGGCAAAAGCGAAGUCUCGCCUGCAGUAGUUUUAUUAUUUUGUGCCCGUGAGGUGCAGUCUGGGAGUUUCACUGGUGCUAUUCAUGAAGCUGAGGCUUAAAUGCUUUCAGAUGGUGCUUCAGUCAGAUUCUCAGGAAAAUGGAAAUGAGGAACGUCUCAUUUCUACACAAAUAUUUCAUUCCAUUGUGAAGUGGGGAGAUUAAACUGUUUGGUUAUCACGUAAAUUAAAAAAGAUCAAUAAAAAGUGCGUGAACUUACAGGUUUCCACUUUAUGUGGCUGUCACAGAUGUGAUUAUCUACACGAGCCGUAGGAACAAUCAGACACUUGAGUUGCUGUUUAACGUCCUGAAACCUGGAGGUGUUUUGAAUGCACCCAAUCAGUUUGAGGCUCAAUAACCACCAUUUUUUUUAAAAAAUGUUAUUAUAGCUGCAACCCGGUUGCACAUUCUUGUUACAUUCCUGGAAAACUUGACUUGCAUAGGAAAACUGCCUUCACUUGUGCAAAGUUUUCAUAUUUCAGUGCUUGUAUUUAUUGAUGAGCCUUAGUGUGUAAAAACAAAAUGUCUGUUCAUGUGUGUUUAAAACAAAAUCUCAGUUAUGAAUGAGCUCAGUUUGAUCACUGCCAAAGGCAAAAGCUAUUUAUGAUUUAGCUGUGUGACAUCUGUUGUUCAGUUCCAGUUCCUGUUGUCCUCUUUGUGCCUUUUUUCUUCAAAGUGAAAAUGAACUGAACGGCUGCCUGAUGGAAAGCAGAAGGAACCAAAAGGCUUCUGAGAGACACAACAAACCUGUGACUGUAAAGCUCCAUGGGAACUACAGUGAACAACCAUGUAAACUGUGCGUUGGUGAAUGUAUGUUUGUGUAAAUAGAACAAUUCAGAGAUCCUUUUACAUUGGAAUGUUUUAAAUAAACGCCCUGAGUUGUGAGUUUGG